UCAGAGAGUCACAAUGACCUUGCACAGUAACAGUACAACCUCGCCUUUGUUUCCGAACAUCAGCUCUUCUUGGAUACACAACCCCUCGGACACAGGAUUACCCCCCGGGACAGUCACUCAUUUGGGCAGCUAUAACAUUUCUCGGGCAGCUGGGAAUUUCUCCUUUCCAAAUGACACUACCAGUGACCCUCUGGGAGGCCACACCGUCUGGCAAGUAGUCUUCAUUGCAUUUUUAACAGGCUUCCUGGCCCUGGUGACUAUCAUCGGCAACAUCCUAGUUAUAGUGGCAUUUAAGGUUAACAAGCAACUGAAGACGGUCAACAACUACUUCCUCUUAAGCUUGGCCUGUGCGGACCUCAUUAUCGGGGUCAUUUCAAUGAAUCUGUUUACUACUUACAUCAUCAUGAAUCGAUGGGCUUUAGGGAACUUGGCCUGUGACCUCUGGCUAUCCAUUGACUACGUGGCUAGCAAUGCCUCAGUCAUGAACCUUCUAGUCAUUAGCUUUGACAGGUACUUUUCCAUAACAAGGCCACUCACAUACAGAGCCAAAAGAACCACAAAAAGAGCUGGCGUGAUGAUUGGUUUGGCUUGGGUCAUCUCUUUUAUCCUUUGGGCUCCCGCCAUCUUAUUCUGGCAAUACUUUGUUGGGAAGAGAACUGUACCUCCCGGGGAGUGUUUCAUCCAGUUCCUCAGUGAGCCCACCAUUACCUUUGGCACGGCUAUUGCUGCCUUUUAUAUGCCUGUCACCAUUAUGACUAUUUUAUACUGGAGGAUCUAUAAGGAAACUGAAAAACGUACCAAAGAGCUUGCUGGUCUGCAAGCCUGUGGGACAGAAGGAGAAGCAGAAGCCGAAAAUUUCGUCCACCCCACAGGCAGCUCUCGGAGCUGCAGCAGCUAUGAGCUUCAACAGCAAAGCCUGAAGCGCUCAUCCAGGAGGAAGUAUAGCCGCUGCCACUUCUGGUUCACGACCAAGAGCUGGAAGCCUACUGCAGAACACAUGGACCAAGACCACAGCAGCAGUGACAGUUGGAACAACAAUGACGCUGCUGCCUCCCUGGAAAACUCCGCCUCUUCUGAUGAAGAGGACAUGGGCUCUGAGACAAGGGCCAUUUACUCUAUUGUGCUCAAACUUCCAGGUCACAGCACCAUCCUCAACUCCACCAAAUUACCCUCAUCCCAAAGCCUGCAGGUGCCUGAGGAGGAGUUGGUAAAAGCAGACUUGGAGAGGAAAGGCCACAAGCUGCAGGCCCAGAAGAGCAUGGAGGAUGGAGGCAGUUUCCAGAAAAGCUUCUCUAAGCUUCCCAUCCAGCUGGAGUCAGCCAUGGACACAACCAAGACCUCUGAUGGCAACUCCUCCGUGGGAAAGACGGCGGCCACUCUACCUCUGUCUUUCAAAGAAGCAACUCUGGCCAAGAGGUUCGCUCUAAAGACCAGGAGUCAGAUUACUAAACGGAAAAGAAUGUCCCUCAUCAAGGAGAAGAAGGCAGCCCAGACCCUCAGCGCAAUCUUACUUGCCUUCAUCAUCACCUGGACCCCGUACAACAUCAUGGUCCUGGUGAAUACCUUCUGUGACAGUUGCAUCCCCAAAACGUAUUGGAAUCUGGGCUACUGGCUGUGCUAUAUCAACAGCACGGUGAAUCCCGUGUGCUAUGCGCUGUGCAACAAGACUUUCAGAACCACAUUCAAGACACUUCUGCUGUGUCAGUGUGACAAGAGGAAGCGGCGCAAGCAACAGUACCAGCAGAGACAGUCAGUCAUCUUCCAUAAGCGUGUGCCCGAGCAGGCCUUGUAGAACACAGUCUGAGCAAUAGCGUUGACCAAAUGCACACACCAACCCACAUACCUUAGGAAGGAGAAAG